AGACUAUAUAUUUAGUCCAAAACUAAACUCAGAAAUGAACACACACCUUCUUUUCUUAGCUUUAGUUCUUUCUCUUGGAAUCUUGAAGACAGCAACAUCUGAGGAAAUAACCACACCCACAACUUCUUGCUGUCCAAGAAAGAUUAUUACCGGUGAUGGAGAUAGUCGUUCAGGAACCUACACUUUUAACACUACUAUGGAUGUUAGCACCCUUCCUGCAGAGUGCAAGGAUGGAUGCAUCUACACCAAGAUGGGUCUAGAUGAGUUGUUCUGUUUUGCACCUGGAAAUCUGACAUCAGAAUGUGUUGCAAUAGGCCCAAAAAGACCUGAUUUUACAACAAUUAUGAUUGGAGGAUCUUCAGGCACUGAAACUAUUGGAUAUCCCUGUAACACAUCAAUUGAGGAUUUUCCAAUAAGGACCUCUGAAAUUAGUGCCGUUGUGUUCAAGGAUGAAAUAUUAGUUUGUGGUAGUUUCAGUAAUUUGUGUUACACAGAAAAGGCAUCAAAGUGGAUACAGACUCCUAACAUGGCAAUCUCAAAACUUUACUUUACAAUGUCCAGCUUUAAAGACAGUGUCAUUGUUACAGGCGGACAAGUUAAUGAAAAUCCAACCUAUGCCACUGAUGAAAUGGAGAUUUUUAAUGGUACCACCUGGACAAAGCUAAACAAAAUCUUAACUUCACCUAGAUAUCAUCAUUGUGCAGUUGUUAUCAGUGAUACUGAGUUCUAUGUCCUGGGUGGGAAAAAUGGAGAUAUCAUAUUGCCAAUUAUGGAGAAGUAUGAUAAUAAAGGGAACCUUGUAGAUGGGAAAAUUCAAAAUAUGACUACUCCUAGAUUUGACUUUGGAUGUGCAGUAAUGGAAGGGAAAAUUUACGCUGCGGGAGGACAACAAAUGGGUGACACUACAAACACUUUCGAGAUUUAUGACCCCAGCUUAAAUACUUGGAACCUGAUGAAGGCUAAAUUUGAAAAUGGCAUGAUGGGUUUUCAUUUAGUUGUCCUCAAUGGAAACUUAACUGCUAUUGGACAUCAAGUAUUAAGCUACGAUGGCGAAAAUUGGACCAAGAUAGAAGAGGCUAAUAAAGGGGCUAAUGAUUAUUUUGCUCUUGUUGUGGUUCCUUGCAGUGAGGACUAGUUGUAUGGAUCAGAAGGCCCAAAAGAUGAGAAUAAUGGAAUAUAUUUUUACAAUGUGAUCUAGAUUUAAUUCUUUUACAUUUUGAACACCACCAUGCACCAAGCACUUUUGUAAUAAUCUAUAUUUGAAUAAAUUAAUGCAUUUA